AUGGGUGUCACCGUUCAACAUCACGAGGAGGGCACCGGCGCACAGCCCACCCCUGGACAGACUGUGACCAUCGAUUACACUGGUUACCUCAAGGACGAAUCUCAGCCCGACAACAAGGGCAACAAGUUCGACAGCUCCAUCGGCCGUGGUGAUUUCGUCACCAAGAUCGGUGUCGGCCAGGUCAUCAAGGGAUGGGAUGAGGGUGUCGUCCAGAUGAAGGUCGGCGGCAAAGCCACUCUUAACAUCUCCAGCGACUAUGGCUACGGUGCCCGCGGUUUCCCUGGACACAUUCCCCCCAACUCGGACCUCAUCUUCGAUGUCCACCUCAAGAACGUCCAGUAG